UUGGGACGGACGCAGUAACAAACACCGAAAACGCCAAAAAUUUUUUUUCCCUGCGAGUAGCGCGCCGAAGCAAGGAAAAAAAAGAAAACCCUUCCUCAAACCAUAAGUUAGCAGCUGUGUCCGUGUUUCUUCCUUCUUCCGCCACUGGCUACUUAUUAGUUUUCAACAACUCUCCUUCCUUUAAUUUCUUGAAGUUUAUCUCUUGCCUUGGUAAACAAUUGAUAGAAGGGGCCUGCAAUGGCACUCUCUCAUGGAGGCAGUUUUAUGUUCUGUGACAUGUGUGGAACAAUGCUAUCUAUGUUUACAACGGAGUUCGCUGAAUGCCCUUUGUGCAAAUUUAAGAAAAGCGCAAGAGAGUUAUCUGGAAGAGAAAUAUCCUAUAAGGUCACUGCUGAGGAUAUGAGAAGAGAUCUAGGCAUCUCACAUUUUGAAGGAAAUUUAGAGGUUAAAGACAUGGAGAUAAAUAAGAAGUGUGAAAAAUGCAGCAACACAAAGCUUAAAUUUUCUACCAGACAAAUGAGAUCAGCAGAUGAGGGGCAGACUACUUUCUAUCACUGUCCUGUUUGUUCACAUACAUUUACUGAGAAUUGAGUUUCUGUAAGUGCAAAUUUACAGGAUCCACCUAAGGCACAGGUCAGUGUUGGAAUUAUCUAAGGAUUUCAUUGCCUCAAGGUGUGUAUCGGAUUGUGUAAUUGAUGGCAAACCAUUGAUUAGCUAAAUGAAGACAGUUAACAAUAUUGGUGAUCAACGGGUCAAACUUACCGUCCAAAUUUCAAAUGUUCUUGGUUUGUACUUUUAUUGGAUUUUGACAAGAGGUCAAAAUAGUCGUUACUUAAUACAUUUUUGCGUAGAGAUUCAAAAUGCUCUAAGUUGUGAUCCUGUUUUGGUUUACAGAACUUUUCCCUUGUGUUAGUAGUUGUGCAUUGUUAAAAGCAUUCCAGUUAAGAAUUACAUCGUUUUGUUAA